CAAUUCUCAAUUGCUCGGUGAUUUUGCAUGUCCGUGAGGACUUUCUUUCUCGCUUUCUGAAAUCGUGAAAUGACUUUCAGUACUGUUGUGCUUCAGGACUUAAUGUGGAUAGUAUGUCAACACGUGUCACUUCUCCGUGAAUAUCAUUUUCACCUCAGUGGUAUCAUCGUUUCUAAACUUCUUGAACUUUUCUCAAUCGGAUUGCAUUCUCCUGUCGUGGGUCUGGUUUAUCAUCAGAUCCAUUCUGUUUGCAGAUUCAAAAUUUGGAUCUUCACACAAAGUAGAAAAAAACAAAGCAGUGAAGUAUUAGUCAGGGAAAUUGGAUGCGGGAGAUAAACCAGUUUUCACGAUGUAAUUACUGACAUAAUUCCACCAGUUGUACCUCCAGAAUAUAUCUGUCAAGAAACGAAUGAUGGAGACGAAGUAGACAAAUUUCUCUACACUCUCCCAAACUGUCGAAUAUCAUGUCCAUCUCGUCCCCAACUUUCAACAAUAUGUUUAAAGCUAGAGCAAGUGUAUUUUGGAUUCUGUUGCUAUUCGAAUGCAGUAACGCAGACCUGCAACCAUUAGUGAUGGCCCAUGCUCUGAGCAACGAGCAGACGCAAGGGCCUUUGGCCAACUCUAAAACGCACGGUGCGCCCUCCAGUGGUGGCUCGUCGCGAUGUGAGGUGAUCACCAUCCCCAUGUGUCGAGGAAUCGGCUACAACGUGACCUCCAUGCCGAACGAGUUGAAUCAUGACACACAGGAGGAGGCCGGACUGGAAGUGCACCAAUUCUGGCCUUUGGUCGAGAUCAAAUGCUCGCCAGACCUUCUGUUCUUCCUGUGCUCAAUGUAUGCUCCGAUAUGUAUAGAAGAAUACCUCCAACCGCUUCCGCCGUGCCAGAGUGUCUGUGAACGAGCCAAAGCUGGCUGCGCACCAUUAAUGCUCUCCUAUGGCUUCAGCUGGCCAGACAAAAUGGCAUGCGACAAGUUUCCUCAACACAAUGACCCGGAAAACCUCUGCAUGGAGCAGCCGGACCACGUAGACCUGUCCUCACACGAGCUCGAGACGGCCUCAGCGUCGGCUGUGCCCAAACCCACCAAGAAACCUUCAGGUAGUAAGAAGAGCUGUCCUGCGGGCAAAACGGGAAAGCAAUGUAAGGAAUCCUUGCCUGGUGGCUCGUUCCAGUUUAACACAGAGUGCUCAUGCAAGUGUAAACCACCAUUGUUGGCGAUCCAGAAAGAGUCUCAGUGGUACAACCGAAGUAGUGUCUCUGUGGCAGGUAUCACUAAUUGUGCCUUUCCGUGCCACGGCGUCUUCUUCAACCCAGAGGAAAGGGAGUUUGCCACCCUGUGGAUCGGUCUAUGGUCAGGUCUAUGCUGUGUCUCAACUUUGAUGACUCUAACGACGUUUCUCAUCGAUACGGAGCGAUUCAAGUACCCCGAGCGACCUAUUGUUUUUCUCUCCGCCUGUUACUUCAUGGUAUCAAUCGGUUAUUUAAUCAGGGUGUUCCUCGGUCAUGACAGGGUGGCCUGUGAUGGGCUCAUGAUCCAGUACAGCGCUUCAGGUCCAAUUCCUUGUACUCUAGUCUUCCUUCUGAUCUACUUCUUCGGCAUGGCUUCGUCCAUCUGGUGGGUGGUCCUGUCCUUCACAUGGUUCCUAGCCGCUGGCCUUAAGUGGGGCAACGAAGCCAUCACUAGCUACUCGCAAUGUUUCCACUUGGCCGCCUGGCUAAUCCCAACGAUUAAAUCCAUUGGAGUCUUGGUCAUGGCUGCCGUCGAUGGGGAUCCUGUUGCCGGUAUUUGCUACGUCGGAAACCAGAACGCCGACAAUCUUCGGUUGUUCGUUCUCGGUCCACUCAUGGUCUACCUUUUCCUGGGCACCUCAUUCCUCCUCGGUGGCUUCGUGUCGCUUUUCCGCAUCCGCAACGUAAUCAAGCAGCAAGGCGGCCUCAACGGCCGGAGCAAGGCUGAUAAGCUAGAGAAGCUCAUGAUACGGAUCGGCAUCUUCAGCGUGCUGUACACAGUGCCGGCCACCAUCGUUUUAGCGUGCCAUCUCUAUGAGACAACGUUCUAUCUAGAUUGGAUGAAGCCGCUUGUCUGUUCCUGCAACGAGCCCGCGGUGCUCAACCAUCGGACUCGUUUCAGGCCUGUUUACUCAGUUCUCAUGCUCAAGUACUUCAUGACUUUGGCCGUCGGAAUUACCUCAGGGGUAUGGAUCUGGUCAAGUAAGACUCUGGGCUCAUGGAAGCGGCUCUGGAGGAAGAUCUUUGGGAGCUCAACGAGCCCUCGUCCGGUGUUGACUAACCCUGGGGUCGGGAAUCCUGGGCAGAAAAGAAUGCUAGUCAAGCAGUACGGCAUCAUCACGACGCCGUCGCCCGGGCCGGGCGCUUGUGGCUCCCUCCUGGGCCCCCUCCCGCACAUCGUGCCCAACGCUCACGGGGCCCAUCACUACCCAUCCCAUCUAGUCGCCAACAAAACACCCCUGAGCCACGUAUGACAGCAACGACCUGGUCUGACGGAACCGAAACUCUACUCAGAUUAUGAGUGCGUUUUAGAGGAUGGCAGUCGCACCGGUCUCAGCAACUACGGACCUUUGUGAAUUCCUCAUUCGUAGCUCUCAGUUAGCUUAAAACUAUUGAGUCAUUCUCAAAGUGCGCUCCAAUAAUCUGCCCAUUUUGAACCUUCUAACACUGCACCAUCCUCUUUACGAAGCAUCAUUGAAGCAGCAGCGAGAUUGCCUCAGUAACAUAACUAAUGAUAUCACCAAUAAUUAUCCGUUAACGAUGUUACUCAAGUUGACCUGCGUAACGUUUCCUUUAUGUCAGUUAUUACAGUUCAAAGUCACUCAACUUCUAGUGCUACAACCAGCUCGACAUUAGCUCAUAAUGCAACUUAAUCCCUCGAUUAUCUGAUGUAUUGUGGCAGAAGCCCAACCUGGGUACCGGAAACGCCAGGCAACUCAAAUGCACUAAGUCCAUAGGUAACUGCGUAUGGUGUAUAUAUGGAUAAAAACGAAGGAAACCUCCCCAAAAAACGAUCAAAAAAAAUUAUGCGUAAGCGUUCCUUAUUUUCAUGCCAGAUAAGUGAUGAGCAGAUAAUCGAGGUAUUACUUUAUCUCAAAAACGAUUAUGCAGUAAAGGGAUUAUACAGAAACCCAUGACUUUUCAUUGGGUUAGCGAGGGUGUCAGACUGUAUUCGAGUUAACACAAGUGUCACAUAUUUAAUUGUGUAGGGGCAUUUUUAUGUGUUCUCUAAGUGUUAAAUGCCUUCCUGCCAGAAGAGUUCCUUACAUUAUCUGUGCAAAGAAUAUUUGGUCACAGAUCCAUACAAACCUGGAUCUGUACAGCCUCCGUGCAGCAAAUAGGCAUAAAUUCGUGCAUGGAUCCGUGUAUUUUUUUUUCAAUUCAAUAAUUAAUAUUUUCAGGGGAGGAUAGAGGCAGCGGUUAAAAACUUUCAAAAUCUUAAUAUUUUCCGAAAAAACUACUCCUAAGUAACUGUUAAAAUUAACGAAAAAAGAAACCCCUUCGAGUAUUUUUUCAAUUUCUAGAACUACAGUGUUAGCUGUAUCAAAAGCAUGGCCAGUAAGUAUUAUCCUCCUGUUGGUCACUCUAACUUACUUCUCAGUGUAUUUAUGGCUGUUGAGUAUUUUGCUAAGUAUUGGCGCGAGCUGGUUACAAAUAGUGUCACAGUUUUAGCCAUCAACCUGGUUAAGGAUGCUUGUGAGUUGGAGGGUCGGGCUUUUAGAUUUCAUAGGACACCGAAGAGAUGACAAUUUAUCGUAGCUUUUCAGUUGUGAGCUACCUACAAUGAAGUUAAAUUUCCUAAGUUCAGAUGACAAAAGGGGUUAUUCAAAAUCGGCGAUGUUGCCCCUCUCAUGUAUUUUUCCUGGAGUUGGAUAUGUUGUUCCCUAUUACAAGACACGCCUUUUUUCGGCAACGGCAAGUUCACAAAAAGAUUUAGUGCGCGCUACGUUGAGAACGUGACAAUUCCGUACCUAAAGGGCAUUAGAAUUGAGCAAUAAAGUCGCGGUUGGGAUGAAAAUUCUUUAAGAAUUCCGCACUUUAUAGAUGUGUCCAUGUUUUUAAUGGCGUAUUCAUUUUAACAUGCAUUGUUGCCAAUUUUUCCAUUUGAAAAUUAAUCAAUUUUUUCAAUUUCGCAAAUAUAUCUCGAAAGGGCUCUGAUUUGAUUUGAGUAACAAGUUUUAUAAUCGAUAAUUCGUUUGAUUCCACAUCCAUUGAUUUAUUAUCCUUCGUGUGGAAAUUUUUGUUUGCGAGGUAUGGUCAUUCUUGUAAAGGGCUUUUGGGAGGAACGACGCUCGUUGAGUCCAGGCAGAUAGGAAUUUUAGCCUUCAAAAACACCGGGUGACAUUAAUUCCAAGAUUUCCUGUAUAAUGCUUGAUGCUGAACUAGAAUUUCAACUAUUAUUCACAAAAUGUGUGCAUGAAAGUUGCCAAAUUUGGCGAAAAUUUCUUAAAAUCAGCCUUUCUUUGCACAUUGUGGUGAUCUGACGACCAAAUCGGUAGUUUUCAGAGUUAAAGCUCGUUAAAUUUUCCACAAUAAGGAUUCAAUGCUUUUUACUCAUCGCAAAAUUUUGCGCGGACAAGCAGCAAACUGAAGAAAGCGCCGAUUUCGGUGCUGAUUUUAAGCAAUUUUCGCCAAAUUUGGCAACUUUCAUGCACACAUUUUGUGAAUAAUAGUUGAAAUUCUAAUUCAGCUUCAAGCAUUAUACAGGAAAUCUUAGAAUUAAUGUCACCCGGUAUUUUUGAAGACUAAAAUUCCUAUCUGCCUGGACUCAAUGAGCGUCGUUCCUCCCAAAAGCCCUUUACAAGAAUGACCAUACCUCGCAAACAAAAAUUUCCACACGAAGGAUAAUAUAUCAAUGGAUGUGGAAUCAAACGAAUUAUCGAUUAAAUAAGCACCGAAAUCGGCGCUUUCUUCAGUUUGCUGCUUGUCCGCGCAAAAUUUUGCGAUGAGUAAAAAGCAUUGAAUCCUUAUUGUAGAAAAUUUAACGAGCUUUAACUUUGAAAACUACCGAUUUGGUCGUCAGAUCACCACAAUGCGCAAAGAAAGGCUGAUUUUAAGCAAUUUUCGCCAAAUUUGGCAACUUUCAUGCACACAUUUUGUGAGUAAUAGUUGAAAUUCUAGUUCAGCAUCAAGCAUUAUACAGGAAAUCUUGGAAUUAAUGUCACCCGGUGUUUUUGAAGGCUAAAAUUCCUAUCUGCCUGGACUCAACGAGCGUCGUUCCUCCCAAAAGCCCUUUACAAGAAUGACCAUACCUCGCAAACAAAAAUUUCCACACGAAAGAUAAUAUAUCAAUGGAUGUGGAAUCAAACGAAUUAUCGAUUAUACAACUUGUUACUCAAAUCAAAUCAGAGCCCUUUCGAGAUAUAUUUGCGAAAUUGAAAAAAUUGAUUAAUUUUCAAAUGGAAAAAUUGGUAACAAUGCAUGUUAAAAUAAAUACGCCAUUAAAAACAUGGACACAUCUAUAAAGUGCGGAAUUCUUAAAGAAUUUUCAUCCCAACCGCGACUUUAUUGCUCAAUUCUAAUGCCCUUUAGGUACGGAAUUGUCACGUUCUCAACGUAGCGCGCACUAAAUCUUUUUGUGAACUUGCCGUUGCCGAAAAAAGGCGUGUCUUGUAAUAGGGAACAACAUAUCCAACUCCAGGAAAAAUACAUGAAGCGCAGUGCAGGGUAGGUUUAUUAUUAUUGACAUCUGGGCUGUAGAUUGAAUGUGCACGCUUGGGCCAGCAUUGGACUUGUUCAAGGUUUUUUUAGCCUCAUCAAAAAUAAUUGUAUCAGUUGAGUUACUUGGAGAGAUAGCAAUUCUGUACAAGUCUUCAAUGAGGUCAUCAACGGUGGCCCUAUGAUGCCAAUGAUGAAAUGCACCAACGGGUCAGCUCUCUUAGGCAAAAGAGUGGACCUCUAAGAGGAGGCCUGACAAGCAGAAAUAGCAGAAUGGAUUCCGUAAACAACGUUUGGUUGAUUUCAUAAAAUUAGCAAGGAAAGGAGAAAAUUGAAAUUUCCAACGAGACUCUCAAAAUAUUCAUCGUUGUUUUUUUAUCUUUUCAAACAUCAAUGAAGAAUUUUCAAAUAACUCAAAUACAACGUAGCACUGAAUCAGAGAAUUUUUUGCAUUAAUGCUCUCAGCACAAAAAAAUUGUCCAUGAAGGGUUUCUUUUUCUGAAAAUUGAAGCAGUUUCUUUACAAGUGUUUGAAAAUUACUAUUUUAACACUCACUGUUAUUUUGGUAGAACUGUUAUCGGUCUAUGCCCCAAGCAUAUCACUAUGGAAACCAUGUUGGAGCAUAACUUUUCUGUGAUGCAUUGUAUGGAAGUGUGCAGCCCUAUCCAUGGAAUCCCAAGAAAAUCAAAAUCCAAGCCAAUUUACCAUUCUUGAUUUUUCUGACAGGAAAUCCAGAACCAUGGGCAUGUUCCCUUCUACGAACUUUCUGAACCAUCUAUUUACGUAGAACCCAUGGAUUUUCACAGAUACUCAAACAAAGGAUAUCCAUGAAAUUUCAUGGAUUUCCAUGCUUUCCUCUGUCCAGUUGAAAGCAUUACUUUCAGCAUGGUUGCCUUCUCCAGCAUUUGUGAUUAAUUUUUGAACUAUCAGUGAUUGUAACAUAGAGCCUCAUUUGAAGACUGUUCGCCACCCAUUUGUCCGUCCUGUAAUAAUUCCAAUUCUUAAUUUCACUAUCAUCCAUUAAAAAUGAAGACACCCCCCCCCCCCCCAGUAUGUGCAAUAAAUUUAACAAGAUUUGUCUACAUUUGUUGAAAUUUUAUAAGAGUUCUUGGUCAAUGUUAUUUAUUCAAUGUUUCGCGCAGGUUCUGACCCAGCAUCGUGGAAUUUUAUAGGAGGGGAUGAGGUUUGUCAGGACUGCUUCAUACCGAAUUUAGCUAUGCCUCUGCCCCUAACAUUUUAUUUUCAACAUUUCGAACCUAUGCAUUGAAGAAUAAACUGGGAAGUUUUUAUUGAACAUUUUGAGAUUGGCUUGAUAAUUUUUUUCUCAACCUACAUCUAUUGUACUUUAUAAGAAUAACAUUCAAUAUCACCAUCAGCCGUUUUGUUUCUCAUUGUUGGUUUGCGUGUCAGUGUUAUCUUGGUGUUGUCAGACCAGUGUAAAGUUUAUAGUCUUGUUUACCUUCUCAAUUUAGUCACUAGAUCUCAAUGUAAGUUUCAUUCUUGUAAUUUAUUUCUGUAUUUUUCAUUACCUGAUGUAAAUAGCCCUGAUGUGAGAUGUGAUUUAUUUUAGUUAACCCGAGAGCAGGACAAGUAUAGGGCCACAAGAAAGUCAUGGAAAUUUACCUUCCUUGAAACAAAAUAAUGUUCUUAUGCUCAUGGCGCGAGCCUCAAAUCUAAGACGUUUAGAACAUGUUCAGGAUCAACAUUUGAUUGGUUGCAAUAUUUUGUACAUAGGUAUACGUACCAAUUUUUUUUUUUUUCAAAAUCAAGCAAUGAAUAUUGAAGAGCCUCCUCUGCAUAAAGUAAUUUAGGGAGCAAAUUGUAAAGAAUAGAUAACAUAUAGGAUACUCUUAGACUUUAUGGAUGAACGUUUGCUCUGUGUCGAAGGGCUAAACGAAAAAUGUAUCCUUACAGGUAUCCCUGAAUCUACAUGAGAUAUAUCAUAACUUUUUAUUAUUGAAUUAGUUUACUACUGUUAUCAGUUUACACCAUGCGAAAUUUCAUUCAAAUCAGUAAUCUUUGGUGAGAUAUUUUUGUCUGAUCUAGAACCAGGUUUUGAUGCUAAGUGGCUAAAGCAUUGCGAAGUGAUCUGGUACCUAUUUAACUGGAGAAAACAUUUACUCUCUCAGUGUUAUUCAUUCCUCUCACGUUAAAACUUUAUUGCUCCCAGAGUAGCAACUGAUUCUAGCCAAGCAAGUGAUAUGUUAAGUAAAACUUCCACUCAUCGAUUGCCACCCUAAGAGUGUUGAUUUUCCAACACCACUCAAAUAAGUUGCUCACCAUGUAUCAUAUAAAAUACAUAAUGAAACGAUUAAUUCAUUCAAAAAGUAAUGUAUGAUCUUGAAAAUCCGUAUUACCUCUUUCAUUUCUUUAUUCGUUUUGGCAAAAAUCUCUUAUCUUCCUUAAAAUUUUAAUAGGCAGGCAGGGUGUCUAGUUACUGAGACUUUCCGGAAAACCCAGGACGAAACAGGAAUAAGGGGGAUUGGGAAAGACAUGGAUUUGAGGCUUUCAGUGGGUAUUGGGUUUUUGAAAUUUAUAACCUUAUGUAUACGUGUGGUUGUGGCAAGCCACCAGGCGCGCCUGUGGGUAGGAAAGCAUUGGUGUUGUAGGAGGGGGAGGGAGGUUUGCACCGUAUAAUUGUCAAGACUACUGAAUACAGAGGAAAUGAAACCCCACCUGUCCUCUUUUUUGUAUCGUACCCAUCUUUAAAUUUCUGAGGUUAUCUCAAUCCCGUGUUCCUUCGUCAUUUACCGCUCAAAAUUCAGGUACUUUGUUAUAAAACUAAAAAUGUAAUCUCUGUGAUAGCACAUAGGGUAUCUUAAUGGCUUUAGUGGUUCUUGAGAUAAAGGAGGAGAUACACUCCCCCCAAUGUGCUCUUAAAAUCCUGACAAAAUCGUUAAAAAUCUAGGAAAUCACCGUGCCUUUGGAUGUGGGAUAGAACUAGAACAACACCCUGACAGAUCUAGCCCUUGAUUAAAUUUUUACAUUUCCAUUCGUUAUAAUUUUUUUUCUCUGUAUUUUACCAAAUCAUAAAAGGCUACCAAUUGACAAACUUGAGUUAAAAUAAGCAUGUUACAAGCCGAGUUCCAUUGUUAUCUUUAUUUAAAGUUUUCUGUGGUUAUAAAUACACAAUAUUCUUGUAUAUUCAACAUUUUUGUGAAUUCUUUAGGAUUAAUCAAUAUCAAAAAUUCUUUAUUUUAUUUGUGAUUCAGUAAAAAUGUACAAUUCAAAAUAUACGUACUUCCUCAUGAUUAAA